GCGCGCGUGCACAGCCCCUCGUUCUCUAGCUACAGUAGUCAGCCCAGACCCGAAGAUCCGCUGGGCGUCGGCGCGGUGCCUCUGCUUGCCCCGGGACUCGGCCUGCAGUCGAUCUACGCGAGUCCGCGUCGACUCGACGCGUCUAGGGGCGAGCAGCUCCCGGCUCUGAUCGAGGAGCGGCUGCGCGACCUGCUGGGCGAGCCGCUGUCCGACGUGGACCGCGCCUGUGUGCAGCUGAUGCCGCUGCGCUCGUGUCUCCCGGGGGAGAUCGUGGCUGUGGAGGACAGCCACGGCGUCCUGCGCUACGGCAAGGUGAAGGACGAGGGGGGUCCAACCAGCGGCGGCGAAGUGAAGGUGCAGGUGACCAAGAGCUGCAUCAGGUGGUACGCAGUGUCCCAGAUCUACUACUUCCAGUCGGUUGGGGCCAGGAAGGACGGCAAGGAGGCCGGCACCGCGUGGAAUGGCUACAGAGGGUCCUCGACUGUCGGCGUGAUUGCAGAGGUGAACGCACUACUGGCGCGUCUUAACAUGUCGCUGAGCACCAGCUACGAGGAGCUGCUAGCCGAGAUGCUGCGGCUGCAACAUCGUGCGACGUUGGCGGAGGAAGAUCGACGAGCGGCGCUCAAGCAGGCCGAGCAAGCUCUGAGCGAGAAGAGAGACGCCGAGAAGGCGCUGGUGUGUGUCGUGUGUCUCGAGGAAGUCGCGCUGUGGCGCGCUGCCAAAAGCUGCAACGCCAAGAAGCUCCAGCAGCUCGUGCGCAAAGAGUCCGUCGACGAUGUGCAAGCUCUGCUCGAUCAGCCGCACCCCGUCAAGGGCACGACUCCGCUGAUGCUCGGCGCAGACCUUGACGCUACGGACAGGGGCAAGCACCGGAACACGGCGCUGCACUACGCGGCGUACAACAACCGGAUCGGGCAACUGGAGCUGCUGCUGGACGCCGGCGCCAACCCGUUCACGUUGAACGGAAAGGGGCACACGGCGCUGGAUGUGGCGAGGCUUCGUGGACGGAAGGAGACGGCUGCAGCGCUGGCCUCCAGACUGCAAGUGCACAGUGGCUGGCUGUACCUGCGCUCCAAGUCGCUGCUGGGGUUCUGGAAGCGACGCUGGUGUGUGUUGCUGUCGUGCAACUCCAAGCGCACGACGUCGGAGCUUUGCAUCUUCAGCGGGCCAGAUAAGGCGCACCCGGAGGCGGUCAUUUGGCAGGACAGCUUGGCUGAUACCACACACUGCUCGACGUUCUCGGAUGGUAAGGCGAACGGGUUCAGACUGGACACGAAGGUGAUCUACCAGCGACUGUUUUCGCGACGGUACAGUCGAUACGUGUCUUCGGGGCGAACGCAUGUCCACAAGGCGAACUUGGAGCCACGAGAGUACGUCUUCGCCUGUGACACGGAGACGAGUCGUGACGCGUGGAUGCGAGCGCUUGGAAGUCGAGGAGGCGAGUGCAAUGGCACGUCAAUCAGCUCUACCUAUGUGGGCUCGCCACACAGAGCGAGUGUUAGCUCUGGUGCUGCCUCAAUGGAUGCUACACCGAUCCCACGCGUUAAACGCUCGGUUCGUUUCGAUACAUCUGCUCACACUGACAAGGAGGGGUCGUUGGUAACCCCGGAGCCAGCCCAACCCAUCGAAACCAGGACGCGAGCAUCAGCGCCAACUUUCAUCGCGGACGACAAUGGAUUCGUCUGGGGUGAUAUGCAGCCACAGCAGGUUGAGCCCACUGACGAAGUAUUCCCCCUGGCGACUGUGAUCACCAUCAGCGGCGACCCAAACGAGCCUCAACCUCUUCUGCACGAUAGGUGCAUCGUGUGCGCUGAAAAUCGCCGCGACUCGGUUUGCAUCCCGUGUGGGCAUGUUGCUGGCUGCUACGACUGCAUGCGCGCUGUCACGCAGGAAUGUUCAUCGUGCCCGGUUUGCCGCGCUCACGUCGACGGCGUGGUUAGGAUCCAGGACUGA